CCCGCCCUGCCUCAGCCUCCGCUUCUACUUCCACACACUCUCUCUUUUCUUGUUGUCGCCUGUCAUGUCUCUUGAUCCCGAGAACAAGAACUACCGCUUCGAGACCCUGCAGCUCCACGCUGGUGCCUCUCCCGACCCCGUCACCGGUGCUCGCGCCACCCCGAUCUACGCUACCACGUCCUAUGUCUUCAAGGACGCCGACCACGGCGCCCGUCUCUUUGGUCUCCAGGAGUUCGGCAACAUCUACACCCGCAUCAUGAACCCCACCACCGAUGUCUUUGAGAAGAGAAUCGCUGCUCUCGAGGGUGGUGUUGCCGCUGUUGCCGUCUCCUCUGGCCAGGCCGCCCAGUUCCUGGCCAUUGCCACCAUCGCCGAGGCCGGUGAUAACAUUGUUGCUACCUCGUUCCUGUACGGCGGCACCUACAACCAGUUCAAAGUCGCCCUGCCCCGCCUUGGCAUCCAGGUCCGCUUCGUCGACGGCGACCGCCCCGAGGACUUUGAGCCCCUGAUCGAUGACCGCACCAAGGCCAUCUACAUCGAGUCGAUCGGCAACCCCAAGCACAACGUCCCCGACUUCCGCGCCAUCUCCAAGAUCGCCAAGAAGCACGGCAUUCCCCUCAUUGUCGACAACACCUUUGGUAUCGCUGGCUACGUCAGCAAGCCCAUUGCCCACGGUGCCGACAUUGUCGUUGCCUCGGCCACCAAGUGGAUCGGCGGCCACGGCAACACCAUCGGCGGUGUUGUCAUUGAUGCCGGCACCUUCCCCUGGAACAACGGCCGCUUCCCGGCCUUUACCGAGCCCUCGCCCGGCUACCACGGCCUCAAGUUCUGGGACGUCUUUGGCCCCGAGGGUCCCUUCAAGACCAACAUUGCCUUCUCGAUCCGCCUGCGUGUCGAGAACCUGCGUGACUUUGGCGCCUCCCAGAACCCCUUCGGCUCCUUCCUGCUGCUGCAGGGUCUCGAGACCCUGUCGCUCCGUGCCGAUCGCCACCUGUCGAACGCCCUGGCCCUCGCCCAGUGGCUCGAGUCCCUCAACGAGGUCGCCUGGGUCUCGUACGCCGGUCUGCCCAGCCACCCCUCGCACCACCUGGCCAAGCAGUACCUCACCAACGGCUUUGGCGCCGUCCUGACCUUUGGUCUCAAGGGCGGCUACGAGUCCGGCAAGAAGUUCAUCAACUCGGUCAAGCUUGCCUCGCACCUGGCCAACGUUGGUGACUCGCGCACCCUCGUCAUCCACCCCUCGUCCACCACUCACCAGCAGCUGACCGAGCAGGAGCAGGUCUCGAGCGGUGUUACCCGCGACCUGAUCCGCGUCAGCGUCGGUCUCGAGCACAUCGAGGACAUCAAAGACGACUUCUUGCAGGCCAUCCAGGCUGCUGUUGCCUAAACACAUUCCCACCAUCCAGGCAAAUGAGGGGGGUCGCGGCCAUGUCUUUCAUCGCAACGCGACUUGUAUCAACCUCCCCUCUCCUUUCUUCCUGCGCUGCAAUAUCGGACGCCACCGAGCUUGGCGUAAUGCUGUUCACAUGCCUUGCCUGCAUGCACGGAUGCAUGCACGGAUGCAUGCCGCCAUCACCCCUACACCCUGUUCUUUGUAAUUAAGAUUCAUAGUUUUGCCGCCAUUUUUUCGGGAUCAUGAAUAUACAUAUUUGCCCAGCAA